CCGCCCCUUCAUCUCGCUCUACCUCUCCUCGCCCGCUAGCCGCCCGCCACAAUGUCUCUCCAGAGCACCCCCGACAUCCCGCUCCUUGUUAGCUCGCCCAACUCGUCGUCGGAACGUCGCAUUUCGCCGUCUUGGACCAUCGCCCACCUCAAGGCCCGCCUCGAACCCAUCACGGGCAUUCCUGCAGCCUGUCAGCAGCUGUCGUUGCGCGUCGCCUCCCAAGAUGCCCUGCCCAUGACCGCCCCCGAUGAGCACCAGACGUGUCUUGCUGCCUUCCCGCUGCAGCCGUAUGCGGAGAUAAGCGUUGGAGACACGCGCCCGCCCGCUGCCCGUACAGACUUUAGCGACCUGUCAGCCGUCGAAAAGUACGAAAUGCCGGCGGCAGAGUACGAGCAUCGGACCGAUAGUGUUCUCGCAUGGAAGAAGGCUCAAAAGCUUGGGCGCUUCGAUCCAAAUGCUCCCAGCAUAGAACAACAAAAGAUUCGCGCCUCGGAGCGCGAGGUAGAAGAAAGAGGUCUUUCCGUAUCGAGUCGCGUUCGUUUACUUCCCGAGUCAGACGCACGGCGUGGCACCAUAUCGUACAUUGGCUUGGUGCCAGAGAUCCCCGGCACUGGUGUCUGGGUCGGAGUUACGCUGGACGAGCCGACUGGCAAGAAUGAUGGCUCAGUCAAGGGUAAGCGAUACUUUGAGUGCAGCAACAACUGUGGCGUGUUUGUGCGCCCUGAGCGCUGCGAGGCGGGUGAUUUCCCGCCGCUCGACAUGGGUGACGAGGAUCUCGAGGAGCUGUGAGGUCAUUUGGCCAUUGCACACACACUCACACACACACAC